GUUGCUUUCAAGCUUUUGAUUUGAGAGUUUAUAGUAUCGAUAUUGUGAGCUAUCAUACUAUACUUCAUGGAUACAUGCGUUCCUUUAUUAACUCUUUCAAGGAGGCUUUGACUAACUGCUACACACAGCGCAUACGCGGAAUUCGAAAUAUUUAAUUGAUGGAUGAUGACCAUUGCUGCACAUCUCGUCUUUCCCUCUUUCCCUCAAUGCCCAAAACUCCAUUAUGGACGACACGUCUUCUGAUACCCAUAUUGUAGAACAGUCCGCGAGUUGGACCAUUCGAGCUCGCAAUAGCAGCGAUCCAAACUCUUCACGACCCUACAUUUAUAGACGUUCUUAUUCUGCUCCGGACUCACAACACAACUCUAGCAAUAAUAGUGCCAUAACAACUCCCACGACUGCUACUACACCUGGAGCUGGCGGCGGCAACGAUCCUUUGUUUGAAGCACGUGUUAAAGCAUUUGCCAGUCGAGCCAACACACAACGUAUACUAAAAUACUUGCAUGCUAAUUCUGUGACCGAACUUCGACGACGGAAUGCCGAGCGCCAAGCACGAUUAAAGAAGCAGCAAUAUGACGAAAGUAUUGGCACAGGUGCUGUUACUGCUGGAUCUCAUCAGCUACAACAACAACAACAACAACAACAACAGCAAUCGACUGAUGACUCCAAUAAUGCAACAUUACAGCAACAACAACCACAACAACCAGCAACGACAGAAGGCUUGGUCAUUUCUAAUGAACGAAAACCAUGGCAAUUCUUAGAUUCGUCUACUGAACUUACACCACAAGACCAAAAGGCGUGGCAAGCUAGUAUGCGGACCGACGUUGUCAUGAUGUAUCCACACCAAUGGUUACGACUGGCGAGCAUGUUUAGUGUUCAGUCAAAAACACAUCGACAACCAAGCUUGCUGGCCCCAGCGGCAGAGCAUGCAGCUAAUUUGGAUCGUGGAGGACCGGGUGGACAUACGGAAAGUUAUUUAAAGAUACGGGAUACCCAGAAUCGUAAUUAUGCACGAGACGCUGUUGCAGAGGGAGUCAAGCUGAUGGAACAAAACCGGUUGAAUGACGCGAUGGAGCAUUACAAGCGGGCAUUGGAUAUGGAUCCAAAAUAUGCAGAAGCGUGGUUUCGUGUCGCUGAAGGACUUUUGCAACAACGCAAAAAGACAGAGGCAAUCGAACAAUUGCAACGUGCGCUUCAAUACGACCCUAGCCACGUCGGUGCCAAAACAUUGCUAUGCAACGUCAAAAAUACAUCGUCCUCGUCAUCAGGCAAGAAAUCAUCAUCUCGACAACGGCGCGAUGUUGUGGAUACAUUAUCUGAAAAAAGUUCUCAUCGGGAUCGAUCCAAGGAAGAAGGACGACGACCCAAACGGCGGCAGGAUAGAAAGAGUGAUAAAAUAAACAAAAGGGAUGAUCGUAGUAGUCGACGACAACAAGGAAGAAAUGGACGUGAUGAUCGACCCAGACGACGACGACGGUCGACAUCAUCAUCAUCAUCAAAGUCUUCUAAAUAUGAAUCAAGGAGCAGCAGACGACGACGGCGACGGGAUACAGACGAUGAAGUUGAGGAGGAGAGUCGGGGUACUCAUCGUCGUCAUCGCAAGCGUCGCGCUGAUGACAGUGAUGAUGAUGCAUCCUCAAGACGACGCAAACGGAGCCGUUCUUAUAAAAGUGAAAAUGAAGAUGAUGACAGUGGUGGCAGUCGUGAGCGAAGACAUCGACACAAGGAAGAGAAAGGACACACUAGUAGCAGGAGUCGUAGAGAUGAUGAUCGGGGUAGGAGAAGUGGUCAAAGACGGAACGAAGAGGAUGACAAACACAAGGAGAAGCAGCGAUCAAAAGACAAGAUGGAUGAUCAAGACAAAAUGGAUGUGGAAGUCAGGAAAGAGGAUGAGAUAUUACCAAGCAGUGGUAAACAAGAUGAUGGUGCUGAAAAGGAGAGUCGACGACGUGACAGCAUGGAUGAUGACAACAAAAAUCGCAACGAUGAUGAUUAUCGUGGUCGUCGUCGAUCCAGGAAAGGUGCACGAGGGAAUGAGAGCGAAAGCGACAAUAACAAAGACGAUGAUGAUGACAAGAAACGAAGAUCACAUAAAAGCCGAGACGAUAGAUCGCCACAACCCCAACAUCAACGCAGUAACAACAACAACCGUCAACAUCGAUCAUCACGAAACAGAUCGCGGUCUCCUCCAUCCCCCUCUUCCUCCAGACGAAAGAGACGACGAAGAGGGUAUCGAUCAUCACGUUCAUCACGUCGAUAAAAACCCCACAAUUCCCUCCUCUCCCCUCAUUGUUAAAGAGAUCAGAUAAAAAUUGUAAAGAACUUUAGAUAGAGAGAAAAUGAAAACUUUUGAUAGUACGGAUGAUGUUGAGGAUCUUUUGUUAUUGUUGAGCAAGUCCGUGUUUUCAAAAGUACCACUAGACUGACGAUUCAAAGCGAACAAAUGACUCCUGUAUCGAUCUUUGCUGAUUUCGGCUUCGACAUCGCAUUGGACCAUGGUAUAGACGAUGCGGAAGCGAUCAAUCUAGUACACCAUCGAAUAUCUCGUAUUGGUCUUUAUCUUUAAUACUGCUAGGCUGCCAGAUCUGGAACGUAAUAAUUAGUCUAUGUGCUGUGAAGAG